CCGCGGUCACACUGUUGACAACUCGGCGGUCACACUGACGACUUGCAGCCUGGCCAUUUUUCGCAAAUUUUUAAUUAAAUUCGUAAAUGAAAGCAUGUGCACGUCGAAAUUGAAGUGAGUGCUGAGUGGAAAACUCCAUUUGUCAGCCGGGCGUUUGUGCGCGAGCCAGUGCAUUUUGUGUAUACGUAGCAACCCAAAAGAAGGCAGCCGGAAGGUGUGCAAAAAGAGACGCCUCUGUUUAGUCGGGGGCUAGAACGCUACAAGUAAGCUACGCACUUUCUGUUGGCUCAGCCUAACUGUAAAUCUUAAAUUUGUAAAUCAGUUAGUUUUGAUAAAAAAUGGCUUGGAAACCGUCGACACGCUUCGAGGACGAUCUUAUCGAUUUUCGGCAGAUGGCCUAUGAGAUGAAGCGCGAGGCGGAGUACACUCCACGUCCCAGCUCCACGUACGACUUCUUGGCGGAUCGCAACAAGCGCAACGCCGUUAUUGAUAAGCUGCACGGCCCGGCGAGCGCCAAGACCAAGGGCAUCCAGGACUGCCUGGCCAUGAUGGAGCGUAUCCAACAGAUCGCCGGCACCAAGCCGUUGGGAGAGCACGCCACCAUGGAAGACUGGAACGACACGAGCACCGUGGAACGGGAGGCCAUUGCCAUGAUGCGCCACUUUAACCUGAUGUCCAUGGGUGUGGAAUCGAUGAAACCGCUUCCGCUUAAGGAAGAGAACGAGCCCAAGGUUUCAAUUCAUGUGCUUUGCAACGGCCAUCGUAUGAUGCCCCUGAUCAUGGAUCCCGAAUACUUUCGGCCCCGCAAGACACGCCUAGCCAAGAACACUACCAACAGCAGUCUCUCGACCACUGAAACAAGCUUCAACGAUUCUGGCUCUUACCACACCGCCAACGACAGCAGCUUCUACGGAUCCGCUGUAUCGGAGCUGGAAACAACGAUAAGCAGUAAUGAUAAUUGCGGUGUACCAUACAAACUGCUGGAUAACACGACACUAGAACCGAAAAAGAUCCCAGCGACAAUACCUAAGAAGCAGCGGAAGCCAAUAAGGGCCGUACGGGACAGAUAUCCCAGCGGCGUCUGAAGCAGCGUCAACGUCGUCUCCUGGGUCGGACCGAGAAACCCCAAAUAGAAUUGAACUGAACUGAAACCCACUUCCAAAAAAGUCAAAAGCGUGGAUUAUAGACUCUCAAAGGUUUAACCAAAUAUAUAUCCCUAUUUUGGUCACCAUUUCGCAAAGUUAGAGUUAAUGUUUGUCAAAAAAAAUUAAACAAAAUGUAUAAUUCCUAUAAAAUAGUUUAUUAGUACACGGAAAGAACACACUAUUUUAUCUUAAUUUUAUCUGCAAUAUUAAACAGCCAACAUUAAAAGUAAACAAA